AUGGAAACAGCGGAUGCGCCGUCAGCAUACGGAACAUCACCCCAACUCCCGACAAUCCCACAAGAACCUGAGGCGCUAUCAUACCCACCUUCACCACCGUCAAACGCGCAUCAAGAACAUCCAACACCACCCUCACCACCAACCUCCCCACCCCUCAUCGUCAUCCACCCCGCCCCAGAACCCACCCCACCCACCUCACCAACCUCGCCUUUCCCAGAAAGUCUCCCACCGCGCCCCCAACCCGCACAAAACGGAACCCUCAUAUCCCGCCUCUUCAAGCGCGCACCCGCCCACCCCGAUGACAUAGAGCUCGGUCCGCUUCCUCAGUCUCACCCACAAGAGACUCCUGUUACGGACGCGGAGAAGGAACGAGAGUACAGGAGGAAGAAGGUGUUGUUCAUUUAUAUGAUUUGGGGAGUGCUUCUCGUGCUUGCGAUAUGCGGGAUGGUGGUUGGAGCGCAGAUGUAUAGGGGGAAGGUUGGUGAUGAGGGUGGUGGUGAGAAGGUUAAUAACUUUGAGGUUGUUGAUGAGAGUGGGGAGGUCCUGCGCAAAGACUACGGCAUCUACACUGCUAUCUCCUACGCCGCAAGGCCUGUUACCCUACGUAAGACAGAUUAUAACGAGGACCUCGACAGCUUCUACGACUAUAAUUACGGCGACUUCAACGACGAUGAGAAUAGUUCCAAUCAAUACAAUCACUUCUACGGCCGACACAACACCUACAAGUCCAGCAAGUUCAACAAGGUCGCAUCCGUUCCACCCAAUCCGCCCACCAUGUCCUACGAGCAUCAUUUGCGCCACUACAAAGUAAACCCCGACACAUUUUCCCGCGCUGUCCGGUCCAUCGUCUGCUUAGUCUUCAUAACCGCCUUAGUCCUGGUAACAUCGCUCUUACCAGAGACAACAAUCUCCUCAGUCAAACUCAUGGGCUUCCUGCUGGUCAAGACUGCACUAAUUUUGCUCAACAUAGCUAUUUUCCUGCUCAAGAUUAGCUGCAAAAUCUUGUUCCAUCUUAUAUUAGCGGUCGUGUUCAGAAGGUGA